CUGAUUGGCUGCUUGUGUGUAUAUGUCCUCGGAUUGGCUGCGAGGUAGAUGAUGGAGGACACGGGGUCAGACUUCACCAUGACCUUCAGACAGCUCAGCGAGGCGUCAGUGCAGCAGCUUCACCGCGGUGGCUUCACUCAGGUGACGUGGGCUCUUCAUGACCUCUCGUCCCACCAGCUGUUCUCUGAUUGGUCGAGGUUGUACCUGCUCAGGCUGGCCAGACAGGAAGGCGAUGAUGACGAGGAUCGACGGCACCGGAUGAAGAGUGUGAACCCCAGGUACGUCCUGAGGAACUGGAUGGCUGAGUCGGCCACCAGGAAGGCAGAGACCAACGACUUUUCAGAGGUGGUGCUGUUACAUGAUGUUCUGGGGAAGCCCUUCAUAGUGCAAGACGCUGCAGAGGAGACAGGCUAUGCAGCGCGGCCUCCGCUGUGGGGGCGGAGGUUAAAGAAAUACGGAGAACUUGGAUAUUUUCAUCCGUUACUUCCCCAGGGUAGGCUGAGCAUCAGAGGCUCUGUGUCCGAAUCUCUCUGCUAGCUAGCAUGCUAAGUGCCCUAACAUGCAACGUAGCAUAGCAUCCACAGGGAAUAUGUGUGUACAUUUAAGGAGAAGAUAAAACAGUAAAUUCUUAAUUAAUUUGCGAAAUGGAUCUUUAUGUUGACUAUAUUGAUACCAAUCGCAUAAACAACAAAAAUAAAACUCACCAUCAAAUCAGCCUGCAGAUAUUAUUUUACACUUUACUACACCGUGUGAAUGUCUGUUUCUUGUGUCAUGAUGUGUUGAUUUCACCUCAGGAUUUUUGGCACCAGAUUUCUGUCCCAUUUCAUGUGUUCAUAUAUCCUGUACAAUGUCCUGUGUUCAUAUCAAAAUCUGCCAAUAAGCAGUCAAUUGACCAUGGAGACGUAAGAAAUGCCUGAUUGCGUCUAAGGAAGACAUUUUAUUAAAAAAUUAUAGAUGUCUGAAGGUUUUUCCAAAGCACUCUGCAAUCUCAUGAAGCCUAAAAUGUUUAUUUUAUUUUUUAUAAUUUAUUAAAACACAUGAACAGAUCAUGUUUUCUGAUAAAAUCUAACUGGAUCCAAGGUAUCAUAGAAACAUGGUGUAUUUUAUUAUUUCUUUCUUUGCUGAUGUAGACAUUCAAAUACUUCAACAACAAAUAUACAAUAGUAGGCCUACCUGUCGCUCAUUUCCCCCAAAAGAUUCUUCCAAGCGUUGCUUUGAUCGCUGAAACAUGUGCAAGGUGCUCAAAUUAAUUACUCACGUAUGUCAUUGAGCAUUCGCUUUCAUCCAAAGCGGCCUCCAGUGUAUUCAGACACAGGUCUUUAAGGUACAGGUUUGGGUUUGGCAUCCUGAUCAAGGAUGCCUACACGAAGGCUAUUGAACCCAGAACGUUUCCACUGGGAGUCUAACCCCCUAUACAGUCAUUGUAUUGAAUUGGAGACACUGCUUAGACUCUCAGGGGCCAGGAACCAGAUCGAGUAAGGUCUGUGUAGGCGGGUAACGCCGUCAGCAUCCCAGUGGUGAAAAAAAACAUUACACCGUGGACCUCUGGGAGUGAGGUCAAGUGAGGUCUAAAUCACAAAACUGAGGUUCAUCCUUUCAAAGUAAUGUACAGUCGGAUUAAAACUAACAAAUAACAGGAUUGAAUUGAAAGCUAGAGAGAGUCGACUUUUCUCUUUAUAUUUAUUUCUUUUUGUUUAAAUUAAUAUUGAUAUAAUAAAAAAAAAACGUACUGGCAUUGAUGGGGAAAGUAGAACAAAAUGGGGAACGACUUCACGUGACAAAUGAAGAAAGAGGGAACAGAAAUUGUUUGCUUUGCAAAAAACGUCUGCCUUUUUAAUUUCUUGCGGUGUAUAUUGUGUGCUUAAUAACCAAUAUAUGAUUUCAUUUCGAUUCAAAUAAUAUGUUUCUUGGAAUUGGUAUCCAUUAUUAUGAAUUUUAUUUUCUGCUCUUCUCUUCAAACAAACCUAUAAAAAAUAAA